AUGGACGGUCGGACAACGGACGACCUGUGCGCCACACCAACGUGGUGUCCUAGUGGUAAAGCGAUACGGUCUACCGCUAUACAAGGUCUGAUACAAAACGAAAUGCCAAUCAUGGACAACGACAUGGUAGAUUCCAACGCAACGUGGGGAGAAAGAAUGGAAAAUGAGGACGAUGAGUCCUCAAGUCCUAAGGUGGAAAUUCUGGAUAACGGUAUUAAAAUCGUAGAAGAAGAGAGAACAGAGGGCAACAGAAAAUUUCUGGUUAAACGAACAUUUCGCAUUGAAAACAAGAGAGUUCCUAAACCGGUUGCUGAAAGAAAGGCUUGGAAGAAAUUUGGUGCAUCUACUGAAGAUCCUAAAGGUCCUAGUUCUAGUACGACUAAAGUUGCUGAAGACACCUUCUUAGCAUUUAUAACAAAUCGUGAAGAUAACAGUGACGAAAAGUCAUUAAACAAUAUACCAAAAGAAAGAUUUGGAACCUACAAAGCACCUUUUGCCGCUAAUAAAGAAAAUGCACGAAGUGAAUUGUCUAGGAUGGCCAGUAGUCAAUUGGGAGUUGACAGUAAAUAUGUUGUACCAAGUCGAAGAUUUGGAGGUAGUCAACUUGGUGACACUCUGGAAUUAUACAAGAGAGACGAUCAGAAUACAGUCCGUGUAUCCAACUUAUCCGAGGAUGCCGACGAAGCCGAUCUUACUGACUUAUUUAGACAUUUUGGUCAAAUAUCCAGAGUUUUUCUCGUUCGUGACAAAAAAACGCGUCGCUCAAAGUGCUUUGCUUUCAUUAAUUAUAAGAAUCGUGAAGAUGCAGCAUAUGCCAUAUCUCAGUUAAAUGGUUUCGCUUAUGAUCACUUACUCUUGGACGUCGAAUGGGCAAAGCCUCCUUCAAAUUAAUUUGGUUUUUCCAAUUUGUAUCAAUAUUGUCGUAUAUAUUAAGAGUCUUAAUUAAUUAAUGCAAUAACAUAUUGGUAAAAUAAAUUAAAACC